AGUUAGAGAAUCUCCGAAAGCGGGAGAGAGAGAGACACAUACACAUAUAUAUAUACGCCACUCCGCACGCGAUCACAGUUAGAGAACAACUAAAAGCAAACCCCCAAUCGAAUCUCAGCCGUUGGAUCCAUCGGGACUUCGACGCUCCACCGUCCAUCCCCGGCCUUCGCCGGCGGCAGCCCUUGCCACGGCCGGAUCUUCCAAUGUCCGCAUUAUCAGGUGGCUUCCAGGGUCUAGCAAUUUUGCUACGUUCCACUCUCUACCUCAUCAUACCUUUACAAUGUGAGAAUUACUAGACAAUUUGAUCCCCUGGGUUGAUUAUGAUUGUUUGGGCAACAUUUUUCUGUCUCUUUCAAUUGGUGCCAGCAAUUGAGUUUGGCAUCUGCCUGAGAGAGAACCUCUCUACUGGCGCUGCCUCUCCUGCCGGCGUUGAAAUAUUCCACUUUUACGCUUCCUUUCACGUGUCCUGAUUUGGAUAGCCCUAGACAAACCCAGAUGGCAGUUGCUUCCUUCAAAACACCCCCGAGUCGUGAGUACCUUGGGAAUAAGAGGAUGGAAGGAAAACCUCCCAGGAAAAGACGUGUUUUUGUUCAAACUGAAACUGGUUGUGUUUUGGGAAUCGAAUUAGACAGGAGUGACAAUGCCCAAACAGUGAAAAAGAGAUUGCAGCUUGCUCUGAAUGUCCCCACUGAGGAGAGCUCAUUGAUAUAUGGGGAUAUGGUGUUAAAAAAUGACCUCAGCACUGUGGGAAACGACUGCCCACUUCUUCUUGCUAGGAAUUUCUUGCACAGAAGCUCGUCUACCCCGUGUCUGUCUCCUAUUGGCAAUGAUCUUCAGCAAGGAGAUCAGAGUGGUCUGGUUGAGAUAUUAGGGUGCUCAAGUCAGUUUUCCAUGGCAAAAGAAUUAGUUCGGGAUGUAGUUAAGGCAAUAGAGAAUGGCAUUGACCCAAUCCCUGUCCGUAGUGGGCUCGGAGGUGCUUAUUAUUUCAGAAAUUGCGAUGGUGAGAAUGUUGCUAUUGUGAAGCCAACAGAUGAGGAGCCUUUUGCCCCAAACAACCCAAAAGGUUUUGUAGGAAAAGCACUUGGUCAACCAGGGCUGAAACGAUCCGUGCGAGUUGGGGAGACAGGUUUUAGAGAAGUUGCCGCUUACCUUCUUGAUUAUGAUAAUUUUGCCAAUGUGCCUCCCACCGCCCUUGUAAAGAUUACACACCCCAUCUUUAAUGUCAACGAUGCAGUAAAUGCAGAUAAGCAUCAGAGUAUGAUGCAGGUCAGCAAGAUCGCAUCAUUCCAGCGGUUCAUUCUUCAUGAUUUUGAUGCUAGCGAUCAUGGGACUUCUAGCUUCCCUGUGGCUGCUGUACAUAGGAUUGGGAUAUUAGAUGUUCGUAUUUUAAAUACAGACAGGCACGCAGGAAAUCUUCUGGUCAAGAAGCUUGAUGGGGUGGGGAGGUUUGGUCAGGUGGAGCUCAUUCCUAUUGACCAUGGCCUUUGCCUUCCAGAGAGCUUGGAGGACCCGUACUUUGAAUGGAUCCAUUGGCCACAGGCAUCAAUUCCUUUCUCAGAGGAUGAACUCAAGUACAUAGGCCAUCUUGAUCCUGUUCGGGAUUCUGAAAUGCUAAGAAUGGAGCUACCAAUGAUUCGAGAGGCAUGCCUACGGGUCUUGGUUCUUUGCACAACUUUUCUCAAGGAAGCAGCGGUUUUCGGUCUGUGUCUUGCAGAGAUUGGUGAGAUGAUGAGUAGGGAGUUUCCAGGUCAUGAAGAAGAGCCGAGCGAGCUUGAGGUCAUAUGCAUCAAGGCAAGGAAGCUGUUAGAGGAUAGUGAGGCAUGGUAUUUUGAGAAGCUGGUGCAUCAGGAAGACUUUCAAUUUGAUAUGGAGGUCGAUGAAUUGGAUUUAACAAAAAAUUUAGAAGUAGGAUUGACUGCUAAACCACCAUUUUGUUUUGGGUUUGAAGGUGGUAAUAGUCAAAACAUGCUUUCUAAACUGGUGGAGAACAUUGAGGGGGAGGAGCGGGAAGAAGAGGCAGAGAGUGAGUGGGACGAGAAACCCUUGGGCCAGGUACCGGCAAUUUCGAAGCUUUCCAUGUCCCUAAGAAAUGUUAGCCUUGGUGAGCAGAGUUGGCGACAUCAGGGUGCAGCAUCAAAUGGCAGUUAUUUGCCUGGUAUGUCAUCUGGAAACAGGAGUGUGAAUGAGCAGUCACCUGCAGGCGCAAGUUUUGUGAAGCUGGUAGAUAUGAACGAAAGAGAGUGGUCACUGUUUCUUGAGAUUUUUCAGAAGCUUCUGUACCCAGCUUUCACUAAUCGUAAACUAGGGAAUGUGAAUCAGAGGCAGAGACAGAGGCUUGGAACUUCAUGCCGGUUUUGAGUGCAAAACGUGAAGAAAGGAAAGCAGAAGAAGAAUUAACCCCAAAAAAAGAUAGAAAGAAUAAGACUACAAGUCACUGGUACCUCAAAAUUGCCAGUAGCGGUAGGCUUGUUUCAUAGGUUUGGUUUCCAAGAUGGGUUGCGUUUGGAAGUGAUUUUCUGUAAAUAUAAAUCUUGUCGAAUGAUCAAAUCUUUGGUAAUUAGGUGAUGGAGGUGAGAACUAUGUUCUCCUUUGUCAUAUAUAUAUAUAUAUAUAUAUACUAGUAUAUCACCCGUGUUAUGCACGGAUUUUGUUUACAAUUA